AUGCCACAUAAAACAAUCAUUCAGGAGUGUUCUCCAGAUGUUGAAGCUGGAAUGUAUGUUCCUAGCGCGAAGAUGAUUAAAGAGUUUGAAUAUAUGAACCUUCCUUCCCUCGGCGACUCUAUCGAUACUAUUCUGUUGAAAUCAAAUGUCAAGUUCCGCAACACCAUUGAAGUCAACCCGAAAACCACUGAUAAUGUAGCUCGUCACCACCCUGAAACACGUAACUUACUCCGUGACUUGCCAUACGGAGGUAUUGGUAAUGUGAAAGAUCUUUCCUCCUUCCUAUAUGAUCAGCAGGCUGUCGUAAUUGGUGGUGCUAUUGUCCGCAACGUCAGUCUAGUUGUGAGCGAGGAACCAGGAGACGGCAGUCACUUCGGCGACUUUCGUGUGCUGCCAGUACAGGUUCCCGAGGGACAAGAAGCAAAGCUCCUCUCAAAAGAGCCGGAAGCUGACGAAAUUUGGACCCCGAUACUUCUUUUCCCUGAACCUUACAUCGCACCUCCUGGUUUCGAGAAUUUUGAUCUCUUUGAGGAGGGUAGAGAUUAUGACGUCGUUUUCCCUCGGGUAUCGAUAGGUCCAAAGCCCUCACGAAGUGACCUCGAAGAUGUUAUGUUGAAGUCUGGUAUGAAAAUGGACGUUUUGGACCACUAUACAGUCUCGGGGGAUAUAUUCGACUUUUGGGGUGUUAAAGGCCUCACAGCUAAGCUGUACAAAUACAAAGGAAUAGAGGACGAAGCCUCGAAGAAGAGAAUAUCUACUAGGGACAAUGCGCUGGAGUCCUCUCUGGAAGUAAUUUCCAUAGAUGCUCAAAGCCUAGCCCUCGGAGGGAAGCCUCUCGAAGCAUUGUUACCUUUCAUCGACAGCGAAGACUUCAAGAACCUCCCUAUCGCCAACCUAAGAUUGACCUACUCCGAAAAAGUGAUCCAAAGUUCGUUUCAGCAGCCUGGACUUCGACUGGAGCUCGACAUCCCAUUACAAGGCUGUUUGGAUUGGGUCGGAGACGCCAUCGAAAUCCUUUUCGGAACGUCUGACAAACCACAUACGAUUCACUUCAGUGCAUUACUCUCCGAGGAAAGAAACUGGUCUAAACCCCCGAAGAUAGAGAAGAUUGUUCUCCAGGGGUAUUUCAAGGAUAUGACAUUCAAGCCUUGGAAUGUUCUUGAUUUCAAGACACUCGGCAUUGAGUUAACAGCAGAGAAGAACGAGGACUCAUGGGAAUUCGGCUUUGGAUUCCUCGGCGUGGUAGCGCUGAUGGGUAUACCAGAGGCCCAAGCACCACUCGAGCUGGGUUAUCGUAUUAUCAGAGAGAUGACCAAAGCUAAGACUGAGAGACGAGUCAAGCCAAGCCGGACCUGGUCUCUGCUUAUUGAUGUCUCAGGGUGGAAGGAUAUCUUUGGUUUCAAGAACUUUGACAUGGAGGAGGCAACCAUGAUGGCAUUAAUCGACGAAAGCCACUUUAGCUCAUCAAUCAACUUAGAUGUUGUCGGUACAAUCAGAAUCGGCGAUAGCCACUUCGAGGUCUGCGGGAGUUUCUCAAAGGGUUGGAAACACGCUUUGACGUGGACCUGGAUCGCGAUCGAGAGCCAAAAUGAUGUUCCAAUGAGACUAGAGGAUUACUACAUUCAAGCCAGCCUAGGAAACCUGGCACUUGGCGAUAUCAAGAACCUCUAUACAAAAGUCACAGGUCAAAGGACGUUGAAUCACUCACAAUAUGAUGGUGAUGCCGAUGGCAAUAUCACUUUCAAGAACAUGAGUAUCCGGAUCUCUUGUACUAAGUACUCCGAUAUAACGCACAAUCGCAAGUCGCUGGAGCUUUUGGGUGAGGUCACGGUUGGUGACACUACUUGUUACGCGGCUAGCUUAGCCUUUGCCACUGAAGGUGUCACGGUCACGGGCGAUGUAAGAAAUGUCCAGAUUCCAGGAACGAAUUUCUUCAUUGAAAAUGCAGGGUUGAUGGUCUUCCUGGCGUUCAAAGGAAGUAAAGGGAAGAAGAACGAUGUUCUUAGGGAAGGAAAAGAACACCACAGUCCGCAAGUGGGGGAUUCCAGCAGCGAAACCAGAAGUAGAUUCUCGAUACGUGGUAUCAUGAACUACCACAACAUUACCUUUAGAGCUGGCUUCUACACGACAAAGUACAAAAACAGUAAAGGACGGGAUUGGCUCGUUUUCGGCUCGGCUAACAACUCAAGACUCCGGGAUGCUAUGCCUUCUAUUAAGGAACAGAGCUUUCUAAAUCUUCAGCUAGAGAAUGUCACGGUCAUUGUCUCUUCUCGAGACAGAGGUAUGAGUAAUGGGACGAGCAUGGCCGAAAACAAGACCCUGAUGGGUCAAAUGGAUACGGACGACGAAGCUAAUGAUGGAGAGCACGCAGACUGGGAUGCUCUGGCGGAGAUUGAGGAAUACGGCUAUGAGGUCAAGAAGGGUUUUCAGAUUUGUGCUACUAUUCCCAGAUUCGAACAACUAGAACAUUUGAACAAUGGGAGGAAGAUAGAUGGCCUACAAUUAUCCUUAAGCGCUGACACCGAUGGAGAGGUCACAGCAAAGAUCAAGCUGCCGUCAUCUUUCAGAGUUAACUUGUCCCCCUACGCUUACUUUUCCGGGUUUUCCGCUUCUAUUGGUGCCCAUGCCUCAUACGGGAUGUGCCUACAGCUCAAGGCAACUCUCACUCUUAUAAUGGAAAAUUCAGACCCUAUCCAUGUCAAUGGUAUACUCUUUGGGACUGUGCGAGAAGCUGGUGGAUUGCUGGUGAUGGAUCCGAAUUCCCAGUGGAUCAAUCCUUUCAACCUAAAUAAGGCGCUCAUAAUCUCCAAUCUCGGUAUCGAAGCUGGAUUCAACUAUGCGACAGUACUUCAACUCGGUCCAACUCGCUUCGCCCUCAAAGGUCAAGUCAAUAUAGGCGACUAUAAGUUUUGUAUGGAUAUGGGCAUCGACGUCACCAAAGCAGCUACUGUCUUGCGCAUCGAAAUGCCUAAGCUAGAUAUGUCCGAUAUUUUUUCAAUUGCCAGCAAACUUAGCCAAGACGAAUAUUUCGCACAAAAGGCAACCCAGACGAAGGACAUCAUUUCUUUCAACGACCUUAAGCUAUACCUCUCCUCUGGAGCGAAAUUCAUGUGCGAGUAUUAUCCUCGCGGCGUACAGAUCAGAGGUAGAUUCAUUUUCCUUGAUAAGCAAGGUGAAUUCAACGGGUCAUUUACAGAUGAUGGCUUAGUUAUCAAGGGAGGAUUAGACGCCUUCAGGAUUGGGGGUCUCGAGAUCACUUCGUUGAAGGAGUACGAUGGCAAGAAGCGUGCGACAUUACAUAUCGAGGCCACGAAAAGAACACAUAAGAUCCUUAUCGACGGAAUCAUCCGUUUCUAUGGUAUUGAGCUGCAGGUCUAUAUCAAUGUUUACCUUGAACAAAGACUCCUCGAGUUCGAUAUUCGAAUCAAAUUGACCGAGGCUCUCAUAUUCUCUGUAAAAGGUAUCAUUACAGUUGGUCGUUCGAAGUCUUUGGAAAACACGGAGAUUCACUUCAUAGGCCAUCUUGAAGCGAGGAUCAUUCAGUCUAUUGGCGAGGGCAUUAUCAAUGUCAUUACCGCCCUCGAGGACCAAGCAAAUAAUGCGAUCAACGAAGCGGAGGCUCAAAUUUCAAGACGUCUCUAUCAUCUCAAUAACGAACUCAUCACAAUGAGAUUAGAACUCGAGAAGCUAAAAUCCAAGUCAAAUAAUGAAGUGCUGAGGAAGCGCCAGAAGAUCAAGGCACAAAACGACGUCCUACGAAGACUACAUGAUCGAAUUGACGAGCUGGGCGCGAAGUACAAGGCGGCCAAGUCAAACAAGGAGAGAAAGGAAGCCGAAAUUGCGGAACAGAAGAAGAAACUAGACCAAGCUAAGGUCCAGCUAGAGAAGAAGAAGCGUGAGAUGAGGCAGGAGUAUAAUCAGAAGAUAGAGGAGCAGAGAUCCCGGCAGAAGCACUAUGAGUUAAAGAGGGACAGGCUUCAGCAAGAAAAGGAUCGGGCCUGGGGAGACGGUUUACGAAAGGUGAUUGCCGCAAGCCCUCACCAGGACUUCUGGACCGAGUUCGUGAACGAAAGAUAUAACUGGAAAUGUACCUGCGAACGGAAUUUAAAAAGCUGUGGGAUCUUGCAAACACCGUACUGGACGUGGAAGUUGAGUGAAGCCACCCUGGGUUUAGAGCAAGCAAACGCACGCAAGGCUUUCGAAAAGCAGUUGUACAAUGCCACAAAAAAGACCCUUGAAUCGAAUGAAUUCAAGAAAAUCGAGCGUGAUAUCCAGAAUACCCUAUACGAUAUAGGUAGAUUUGGGAUGGCGGUGCAAAAGCUGAUCGAAAAAGGACCCGCAGCUUAUAUCGAAGAGAUGACUCGCGACGAAAGAGCCAAGCUGGACCGACAGAUUUCUCUGUAUGAUGAGCUCUUGCGACAAAGCAAGAGGCUCGAAAAAGAACUUAUACUUGCUAGGAACGCCCUCGAGACCGAAACGGAGCGGCUUAGGCCUGAGCAAGAAGCGGCACGGGAAGCCAUUGCUGAGCUUGAGGCCGAGAUCGAGCUCAUGCCAUUCAAGAAAGAAUACGAAAACAAGAAGCAGGACUUUGAUACGAUAAAGGCGCAGGCAGAUGCGCUGGUCAGCACUCUAGAGGAUAUCAGAAAGGGGGUUCAUGCUGAUGCGGAUGCGAUCCGGCAGGUAACCAAGAUGCUCAUGAAGGGUAUACCUGAGAUCACGGAUAUAUAUCUCGAGGUAAAUUCCAACAUGUUUGCCGAGAAAAAACCAUUGAUAUUCAGCAUCACGGUGCGGUGGUUGAAUGAGGACCAUACGUGCCGUGUUGAGUGGUCGCCGAACCAGGGGGCUCAUGAACUGUACAGCAACGGGGCUCGGAAAGUGGUUGCUUUGGCUGAUAAGUAA